UGUAGCAGUGGGCUCUACUGUUUAAUUUUAGAUACGAGCGCGUAGCCGUCGAGAAUGGUCGCACUGUGCGUUGCUGAUAAGGAAUAAACAAAAUGUUUGUGUUAGUCACAUUCGUGUGUUUACUUGUUUCGUUGACAGUGGACAGUGCGUCGAAUUCCCGUUCGGGGCACAAUUCCUGUGACAUCGGAGGACUGGCCGCCGAAAUCGCCUCGUACGAACCCGUCGUCAAACGUAUAAUAGAGUAUGUAGUUUCUGGGCCAUACAAAGGGAAAACCUACCAAGAAUUAGCGAAGUUCGUCGAUAAAUUUGGAGCUCGACCAUCUGGCACGGAGGUAUUGGAGCAUGCAAUCGACUAUAUGAUUCAAUUGACCCGUGAUGAAAAUAUUGAUGAUAUUACAACAGAAGAAUUAACGGUUCCUCGUUGGGCUAGAGGCGAAGAAGAAUUGACUAUGCUCGAGCCGAGAGUCAAGAAUAUGGCCCUGUUGGGAUUAGGCCCGAGUGUUUCUACCCCCCCUGAAGGAAUCACCGCAGAAGUUGUCAUCGUCAAGAGUUUUGCUGACUUAGAUAAACAUCCUGACAGUGACAUAGAAGGCAAAAUAGUUCUAUAUGAUGCUCAUUAUACAAAUUACGGUGAGACUGUACAAUACCGAUCCCGAGGGGCAGUGAAAGCAGCGGCAAAAGGUGCCGUAGCAUCGUUACUGAGAUCGGUCACGCCAUUCUCAAUCAAUUCACCACAUGCCGGGAUGCAAGCUUAUGACGACAAUGUACCAAAGAUACCAGCAGCAGCUAUCACUUUAGAAGAUGCUGAUUUACUUAGGAGGAUAUAUUCACGCGGCGAGAAAAUUGUUUUGAAUCUCAAAAUGUUUUCAACAUCCGAAACCAAAAUUUCAAGAAACACCUUAGUUGAUUAUAAAGGCACUGAAAAACCAGAAAAACUUGUAAUAGUGUCGGGGCAUAUAGACAGCUGGGACGUCGGCCAGGGUGCUAUGGAUGAUGGAGGUGGCUUAUUUGUCAGUUGGGCGGUCCCUGUUAUCCUUAAUCGUUUGAAUCUAAAACCAAGGAGAACAAUCCGUUCAAUAUUUUGGACUGCAGAAGAAUUAGGCCUUAUAGGGGCUAAAGCUUACGAAGAAAAACAUAGGCAUGAAGCUGAUAAUAUAAACCUCAUAAUGGAAUCAGAUGAAGGCACAUUUGCUCCCCUUGGCUUAAGAGUCGCUGGCAACGCAGAGGCUCGUUGUAUCAUAAAAGAAGUCUUAAAAUUAUUUAAAUCCAUAAAUGCCACGACUUUGAUAGAAGAUGAUAGCCCUGGUUCUGAUAUUACUGUCAUCGUAGAAACUGGUGUACCUGGUGCCAGUCUUCAUAAUGAUAACAGCAUGUACUUUUGGUUCCAUCACACAGAGGGAGAUACAAUGAACGUAGAAGAUGAGCACGAACUCGAUCUAGGAGCAGCUUUUUGGACUGCUGCUGCUUACGUCAUCGCUGAUAUUUCCAAAGACAUUCCACGAUAAAGUUAUUCUAACACAUUACAGCGAU